CCAAGAGCACAGCCGGCCCUAAGAGCACAGCCGGCCCCAAGAGCACAGCCGGCCCCGGGGCACAGCCGGCAGGCUCCGCAGCAGCGCUGGGGCUGCGGGGAGCGCUCCGAGCUCUGGGGGGCCCGGCCGCGCAACGUCCGAUGUGCGCAGGGCCACGCCGUGACCCCCACGAGGCGUCCGGCCGGCAGCCGGCGCAGCAGCGGGGUGACCCGGAGCUAACGCUGUCCCACACCCCGGCACCGGAGGGAAAGGGACCCGGCUCGCUGCUCGCCCUGCACACCCACGGACGCGGCGGGGGGGCCGGCCCUGCGCGGUUCUACCGCGGCCGCGGCGCCGAUUGGGCCCGGCCGGCUGCCGUCCCCGCGGGGGUGUCUGGGAAGGAGAGAUCAUGGCGGCGGAGCCGAGCAAGACGGAGAUCCAGACCCUCUUCAAGCGGCUUCGGGCAGCGCCGGCCAACAAGGUCCACAGAGUUGGAUUCUAACUGGAGCUGGUUCCAGCUGAGGUGUAUGCAAGUAGGCAGCAAUGCCAACGCGACUGCUUUCUUCCGCCAGCACGGCUGCACCACCACAGAUGCCAAUGCUAAAUAUAACAGUCGGGCUGCCCAGAUGUACAGGGAGAAGAUCCGGCAGCUGGCAAGCGCUGCCAUGGCCAAGUAUGGCACUGAGUUGCUUAUAGAUGGACUGAGUGGAGCCCCUGGGCACUCCCCUGAGAAGAGCGAUGCUGAUUUCUUCAUGGAGCACACACAGUCUUCCAGUACCUGGGAUGUGGCAGAUGCCAGCCAGAAUCCUGCACAGUCUUCUCCAGAGAUGGAAAAAGCAGCAAAGUCAUCAGAAGAUCCCAGCCAAGGUCCAUCUAUUGACUUGUUGAGCACAUCCCCUAAGGCUCCUCUAGAACUUAAAUCCUCCCUCAUUGGAAAGAAGAAGCCAGGAGCUGCCAAGAAAGGGCUGGGUGCAAAAAAAGGUCUUGGAGCCCAGAAGGUCAGCAGCCAGAGCUUCAGUGAGAUUGAGCGGCAAGCCCAGGUGGCAGAACAGCUGAGGGAGCAGCAGGCAGUGGAGUCCAGGAAACAAGCUGAGGAGUCCAUAGUCACCUCAAUGCGACUGGCUUAUCAGGAACUGCAGCUUGAUCGGAAGAAGGAAGAGAAGAAACUCCAGAACCUUGAAGGGAAGAAACGAGAACAAGCAGAGAGGCUGGGCAUGGGAUUGGUGUCCAGAAGUUCUGUUUCACACUCGGUGAUGUCUGAGAUGCAAGUUAUUGAGCAAGAGACACCGCUGGUAGCAAAAUCUUCCCGCUCCCAAUUGGACUUGUUGGAAGAUGGUGGAAGCUUCACAUCUGGACCCCCCAAGUACAAAUACAGUCCCUUCUCAUUCGAAGAUGCAUUUGGCUCACGAUGGGAAACGGACUCUUCAUGGGGUAUGGACAAAGAGGAGGAACCAGAGGUGACUGUUUCCAGCAUUCGGCCGGUUUCAGAGAGACCCACCAGUAGGCGGGAGGUUGAGAACAGGCCGUCCAUGGUGGAAUCCAAUGAAGCUCGGCAGAAGUUUGCUGGGGCUAAAGCCAUCUCUUCAGAUAUGUUUUUUGGGCGGGAGGCAGAUGCUGAGUAUGAAGCCAGAUCCCGACUGCAGCAGCUCUCAGGCAGCAGUGCCAUCAGCUCUGCAGACCUGUUUGGAGAGGCUGACAAUGUGCACUCAGGUGGUGUGUCUAUUGGAAAUGUCCUGCCUGCAGCUGACAUUGCACAGUUCAAGCAAGGAGUGAAAUCAGUUGCUGGCAAGAUGGCUGUCCUGGCCAAUGGGGUGAUGAACUCCCUUCAGGAUCGUUAUGGUUCAUAUUGAUGACCCAGGGACUGCAAGGGGAAGCCAGCGAGAGGCACUGAUGCCACCUUUGCCUGGAGUAAACUCCACAGGAUUGUCUUAUUUGUCUGGGUUGGGUGGGGAGGGGAGAAGGUAAGCAGAGGGGGGCAGGACAUGGCUGUGCCCAGGAUGCUUUCUGAAUAUCUCUGGAUUCCACUCUAUUAAAAUUCAGUGUGCCCUCAUACCCACUGCUAUCUACUAGCCAGUGGAGACAGACCUUCUUACAGGGUUAACCUCAUUGCUGUAAAAGAUAUGACAGGAACUCCUGGGCUGCCCUCAUCAGUGCUCCUGUCCUUCUUUGGCCCAUACCUUAGCUCACCAAGUAACAGAGAAAAGGGGAAUGCUAUUUUUCUGAACAUCAUGUGACAUGACUGUUUUUUGUUCUGAUCACUGCUCCCAAUCCAUGGUGCUGUGGAGUCCUCUGUAUUUGCAGGGUUUGCCUUUUACCGUGAUCUAGUCCUUUUUACUGUCUUCUAAACCAACAUGUAUGAAUGCGGGAGAAAAAAAAUCAAAUCAAAGAUUAUUUUUUUAGCUUCUAACUACAUCAUCAGCAAAAAUGGCCCAGGUAAAGAAGUAAAGAAAUUCACUGGAUCCCUGGUU